CUCCCAAUAACAUUUCAUUCCUUGCAACCAUGUCUUCCACCGUGUACACCAUCACCAUCCCGACCUUCAUCAAUGGUCUCCAGACGCUCUCCCACAUUCUCAAGAAAGGCGAGGAGCAUGCCACUGAGAAGGGCAUCGGUCUUGAUACCCUCCUCAACGCCCGUCUCUAUGAGGACAUGAAGCCCCUCUCCUUCCAAAUCUUUGUCACCGUACUCAACAUCCGCAAGACCAUUGCCCGCACCCAGCUCGUGGACCCCCCAGCUCCUCUGCCCGAGCCCAAAACCUACCAGGACCUCUACACCAGCAUCGACGCCGCCCUCGCCGAGAUCCAGCAGCUCACCCCCGCGGGCUUUGUCGGCAAGGAGCAGACGGCGUUCAAGGCGCCCCUGGGCGACCACGAGAUCGAGUUCACUCCGGAGUCCUACGCCCUCAACUUCGGGCUGCCCAAUGUCUAUUUCCACAUCACGACGGCGUACGCCAUCCUACGAGCCCAGGGUGUGCCCCUUGGCAAGUUGGACUUCCUGAAGAAUUUCCUUUCCUGAAUGUUUGGGAUCGAUUGCGGGUGCUUGUUGAGUGGUUUCCGGGGUUGAUCCCCGCAGCAGAAAAGAGGUGUAUAUAUGAAGCAAAAUGAAGUCUGAUCGGUAUUCCAUGUAAUAUAGUUGUCAAGUAACCCUACAAGUGUAAAUGUAUGUGCGCAUCCGAACCGCUGCCCAUUUCCAGUUCCUAAGGCUUCUCGGACCCAGGUCCUCCCGGGGGUGGCUGUUGGCCGGGCAUUCCUGCACCCAUUCCUGGCAUCGGGGGCAUCUGGCCCUGAAGCAUGGCUUGCUGCCACAUGGCUGGGUUCAUAUUCUGCCACAUUUGCGCCAUUUGCUGGGGUGGCGGUUGCGGCUGCUGCGGCUGCUGCGGCUG